AUGAGAGCAAUUGGCGGGGUAAUAUUAACAACAACCUUUGCAAGUGCUGUUGAAGGUAGAAUUGAAACUAAAAUAUCGAAGGAUGAUUCUAAACCAUUCCUUGAAAAAUUUUCCUACCAUUUUACAAAACCACUUCCAAUACUUCAUGCCACACAAGUAACAACGUUUUUAGACAAGUUUAUUGAUACCAGUAGAAAACGUAACAACAAUUCAGAUAUUUGGAAGCUUGUUGCAACAUUUUUGCAAGGUCCAACAAGACGGUGCGAAGAAUUUCUUCAAGACAUUUAUUUAGAGUUGAAAGACUCAACAACACCUGAAAUAAGAUCAUUUGAAGAGUUUGUAUAUACAAUUCUUUGCAACCUAGUUGACAAAAAAAAGGAGUAUAGUCAAGGAAAAACUAAUCAACCCUUAUAUAAGAGCUUGUUUUACAGAUUAGCUUUGCUUGGUGAGGCAAAUUUAACAAAAGCUAAACAUGUUAUUUCGUCAGAAACAAGUGUAUCAAACUCUGACGAAGAAAAUGCUGCAAGGUUCUUAUUAACACAUGGCUUGAGUUAUACCUAUGAUUAUACUAACAAAAUAUAUAAGAUUGUCAGUCCAAUAGAAAGAAUGAGAUUACUUAAGACUCUUCAACAAGAGGCAUCUAAGGUUCAAAGUGAUUGGUUUUUAUAUUCUCACAAGCAGUUAAGCGAUAUUGGUGAUAUUUCACCUCUCUCUGAAGUUGCUGCUGUAUAUUUUAUUUUGAACCACUUUAAAUUCUUCAAGCAACAAUUUCCAGGGACUUAUUUGCAAAACUAUAAUUUGCAAGCAAAUUAUUAUGUUGAAGAUUCAGAAAUUUCCAAAGAUUCAUUGAGCACUGAUUUCAAAAUUUCAUCACUUCUUAUUAACACAAUACACUGCAAUAUGAAAGGAUUGCAAACAAUCCAAUAUCCAUUAACAGGAAGCAACAAAGACCUUUUACCACAGUUUUUAGUACGCCCAUGCCACCAUGCAGGACCUGAUGUCAUAGGAAUGUUAGUACGUCGUUCUUCCGAUAAUAAUGAACUUCCUAUGUGCAUUCCAGUUGUUGCCGCUGUCACGAGGAUGACAGGAAACACUACAAAAUUCCAGAAAAACUAUGCCACAACUGAUCUUUCUAAUUUAUAUCAUGAAAACUUAGCAACUAACAUCUCUCCACCCACUAAUGCACUUGCAGUGAAUGAGAGAAAUUCCUUGGACACACCUAUUACUGAUAUCAUGAAAACUGGAAAGAUUUUGAGAUUAUUAUUUCAUCCCAAUGAAUCAUUUAAUACGCCUCUCAGUGACAGAAUUCCACAAUACAGUAAUGGUGCCGACGAGGUGGAAAAAGCAUUCUCUGAUCAUGCAGUGCUUACCAAGAAGGGACAUUUGGUCUAUGAAAUUUCGAAAAAUAAUUCAAUAUGGGAAAAUUAUCUCAACAGCAACGGCUUGUCUGUUUUAGGUGGUGUAUUUCAAUAG